AUGGACCACAUCCAUCCUCUGUCGUGCUCCUGCACAAAAUCGGAAUUGGAUCUUUUCGAAGUGCCACCAACACAGACCAGCAUUGUGGACAGUAGAUGGGUUCAGUAUCACCCGGUGGCCAGUCUUUCCGAGUCUUCUCCGAUAGAAUUUGACAUUCCGGGGGCGGGGGAAGAAUUCACCGACCUUAGCCAGACUCAGCUAUACGUGAGAGCCAAAAUCGUUCGACCCAACGGUGCCGACCUACCAGGAGACGCGAAGGUGGGACCCGUCAAUCUGUGGUUGCAGUCGUUAUUUCAACAGGUAGACGUGUCUCUUGGAGGAAAGCUGAUAACCGACGCUACAAACUGUUACCCCUAUCGCGCCUACCUGGAAACCCUGCUGAACUUUGGUUCUGAAGCAAAACAGUCACAACUGACCUCUUCCCUGUUCUAUCAAGACACGCCAGGAAAACUUCACCUGGUCGAUCCUUACCCAGCAGGCGACAAUCCAGACGCGAACGAGGGGUUAGUCAAGCGUGCCAACAUGACCCGUGGCGAGAUUGACCUCCAAGGACCACUUCAUGUCGAUCUCUUCUUUCAAGAUCGCUUUUUGCUCAGUAAAGUCGAUGUUAAAAUCAAACUGCAUCGAUCGAAACACCAGUUCAGUCUGAUGGCACAAGGGGAACAGUAUAAAGUCGUCAUCACCGAGGCUGCCGUGUUUCUAAGGAAGGUCAAUCUGCUACCCACCUACCAGCUGUCCAUCGAAAGUCGACUCAACAAGGAGACGGCCAAGUACCCUCUCAGGAGGAUUCAAGUGAAACCCUUCACCAUUCCACAAGGAAACCACACGGUGUCCAACGACAACCUGUUCCUGGGUCAGGUCCCCAAACGCGUCGUCAUUGGUCUGGUGGACAACGCCGCCUUUCAGGGUUCGUACGGAACCAAUCCCUACAAUUUCCAACACUUUAACCUAAACCAUAUCAGUCUCUGUGUCGACGGACGGGAGGUUCCUCACAAGGCGCUGACACCCAACUUUGAGCAGGGGCAGUACAUCAGAAGUUACGUGAAUCUCUUUGGGACGACUGGAAAACAAGGCCAGGACUGUGGCAACCAGAUCGCCAGAGACGACUUCGAUAAGGGGUACACGCUCUUCUGUUACGACCUCAGCCCAGACCUGUGUGGGUUAGGAGGAGACCACUUUAACGUGAUCAGACAGGGAAACCUCAGGCUGGAGCUACACUUUGCCCAGGCUCUGGAGCAAACGGUGGUCGCAGUGGUCUUUGCAGAGUUUGACAACCUGCUGGAAAUAAACAGGCAGAGGAACGUCAGCUUCGACUACAGCAACUAGAGAGAUGGACACGAGACAGCUGUACACCGUCUUGCGAAGCGACAAGAAAACGGCCCCUUACGUGCGCGGAGUCUUUGCUUCCAACAAGCUACCGAUACGUGUACCGGAAUUCCCGAGCGUUUUCAUCGUAAACAGUGACCCAAGUGAUAAGCCGGGCCAGCACUGGUUGGCCAUCUACUUCGACGAGGAUGGGCGAGGCGAAUUUUUCGACUCUUAUGGACGUGCACCGAGUGUUUAUCCUCGAAACAUAGAAAGAUUUUUGAGUAGAAAUACCCGCCUUCCAUGGAUUUGCAACGAACGUAGGAUACAAGCUAGAUUUUCGACCACUUGUGGUCAGCAUUGUCUAUUUUACCUCUUACACAGAUGUCGGAACAUUUCGUUGAGUAGUAUAGUUGAUAUGUUUAGUGACAAUUUAGAACUUAACGAUGUAUCAGUAGCGCAGUUUAUAGAGCGACAUUUCGAUAUCGAUGCUCCGGUAGUGGACGUCGACCACGUCAUGCGGCAAAUCGCUAGGGCGUUAGAAGACUUUGAUAGAAAUUAAGUAAGUGACGGUUGACAUGUGUGUGUAUCACCAACCUUAUAGUUUUAAAAUAAACGAGUGACAAAUAAAGGU